UUCAUCAUCGACCAAAUGAUGAUAUUCGUCAAGAAAAUAGAUUGCAUUGUUUGUCAUCAAUGUUCCAACCACCAUCAAUAGAUGGCCGAUCAAUCAAUUCUAGCAGGCACAGGACAGCCAUGUCUGCUAGUAAUGAGAAUAAAAAACCAUUCAAGCUAAGCGUAGAUAAAAUAGCUUUUCCGUCUACUUUCUCAGAAACACCACACUCAUUUGAUUUUGAUGACAAAAAAGAUGAAGCAAAAUCAAUAUUUGAGACGAUGCCAACUGGUAACAGUAGUAGGAGGACCAGCAUGGCCGGAAGUUGCACAUUCAAAGUUCCUAGAAUUGUUCAAUCAAAUCGUUCCAUCAAUACCAACGACUCUUUUAUUGGUGAUUUGAGUAUUAGCAAGUUUGUUAGUAGUCCUAAUCAUCGUUUCAAUUAUACACCUAGUGAAUCGAUUUUUAAAGGCGUUAUGAAUACGCAAAUGAUAGAUAGGCCUAGCUUGAAUGGCUCUGCUACAAACCUAACAAAUAUUGCACAACAAGAAAUCCAAGACUCGAGUGAAUCUAUUUACAAAACACCAACAAGAUCGGGAUCUAUAGCACAACAGCAAGAUAUUCAGGAUAUAAGAGAAUUAGUCACAAGACCAGGAUUCACACAAAACGAUUGUAGGACACCUCAAAGAAAUCAGCAGAUUCCAAUUAUUAGUAUUUCCCCAGAACGAGAACUAAUUUACAAUGAAACGCCUUUACAAGAGUCUGAAAAUAUAAUUGUUCCUAACCCAUUGUUCCCUGAUGUCAAACGGAGGAGAAUUGUGGAUGAUUCAAUACAGCACUUUAGGCCUUCAAGUUCGUCCAACCUACAUACAGCUACUGAGCCAGCAGGACGUUUCAGGAAUUAUCAAGAUGAUUAUGAACCUGAAAUAAAUCCAACUACUUCAACAGUAUUUCAGAGAAUUUCUGCUUCUUCAGAAAGGGAAAUUUCCAUGACUCCAAAACAAGCUGACAUAGAAGUUACUGGUAUUUUCCAAGGUAGUUCCACAGAUAGUAGGAUAAAAAGUAUAAUGAAAGAUACAAGACAAAAAAUGUCUUUAUUCACACCAAUCGACAAAUGUAGGAAUUCCAAGACACCUACUCCAGUGAGAUUUAGAGAAAAUACAAUUCAGGGUAAUAAUAAUUCUGGAUCAGAGAUGACAUCGGGAUUCCUGAGGACAUCAACAGUGAAUAAUUUCAUACCAGACUUUAGAUGCUCUCCAGAAGGUGGCGUUCAAUACACUCCUAAGCCAGCUGAUAAGUCGAUCAAAGGACUUUUCCCACUUAGCUCAUUCAGUGAUAGUGUGAAAGCUAGUAAUCCAUCCAGUUCAAAAAGUACAAAGGAAGAGAUGCCAUCACUAGUCAACUCAUCUGAUAAACACAGAACCCCAACUUGUUUAUCUGACAGACAGAGAACGCCGAAGUCGUCAUCUGAUCAACAAAGAACACCAAGAUCGGCAGCCACCAGUGAAGACUCGACUCACAACACCAUCCUGGCGGUGACUGAGGGCCGCGGCUUGGCCAGAGGCGAGGUCGGGAUCGCAGUCAUGGACACCAAACGACCGCAACUUGUGCUCUGUCAAAUCACCGAUGUUCAAACUUACAUCAACACUUUGGCUAAAGUUCAAAUAUUCAACCCAGUUGAGAUCUUAGUUCCAAGCACGUUCGCAGAGAACACUCAAGCUGAAUCUCUAUUCUCAAAAAUCAACGACCAUUUUCCUCAAGUCAACCUCACUUCAGUACAACGACGAUAUUUCAGCGAAAGGGAGGGAUUGAAUUUGGUGCAACGAUUGUGCCUAGAAGAUUAUUCAACAAUCGAGCUGAUUAUUAAGAAUAAAUUCUAUGCUCUUGCUGCACUAUCUGCAUUGAUAACGUUCAUAGAGCACUCUCAUUCCAUGGUUUUCACAAAGAAAUCGUUGAAAAUACUUUAUCAAAAUGCUGAAGAAGUGAUGAGUAUAGAUCUUGAUACAGCGAAACGACUGGAACUUGUUUUCAGUGCAACAGGCGACAACAUGCAUAAGAGUUUGUUGUCUGUCUUCAACUACUGUAAUACGUUGAGUGGGCGACGGUUCUUGAGAGCCAACAUUCUGCAGCCACCUUGCAAUUUGAAAGUGAUUGAAAAGCGUUUGGAGUGUGUAAACGAAUUAGUGCAUGAUGCAAUGUUGAUCACAAAUCUGAAGGUUGAGCUUAGAAACUUCAAUGAUGUAGAACAGUUGUUGUGGUUUUGCACACAAGCACCAACAUUGUCAUCAACAAAAAUCAGCGAAUUGCAAAUGAAUUACAUUCUACUGUUGCAUAUGACAAUGAAGAGUCUACCAGCAAUGCAGGAGUGCCUUAGAGAGACGAAGAGUGAGCGGUUUUGCAAGUUCAAAGAGGUUUUGAAUGAUGAUCGCUUCAAAUUGAUUUUGGAGAAUCUGAAAACAUACAUAAAUGAGGAUGCUCGACCAGCUAAAGGAUUUAUGCCCUCCCAGCAGCAACGCUGCUUUGCAAUCAAACCUGGAGUGAAUGGACUGUUGGAUGUGGCCCGCAAUACUUAUUCCAAGUUGAUCGAUCAAACAACUGACGUGGUUAAAAAACUUUCAGAGGAUCACGAUUUACCAUUGAAAUGGCACUCGUCAUUCGCGAAAGGAAUUCACAUAGUGCUGAAUCUCUCAAAAAACAAACAAUUCAAGUUGAAAGAUUUGCCAGCAGUUUUUAUCCAAGCCACCCGCACUCGGCAAAGCAUUACGUGCACCACAGAGGAGCUACUGGUACUCAAUCAACGAAUGAAAAGCUGUCUCCAAGAGAUUCAACUGAUGAGUAAUGUAGUCCUCAACGAACUGGUGCAAGAGAUACAAAAAUACAUAGGGUGCAUCUAUAAGUUAUGUGAGGUGAUAGCAGAGUUGGACAUGUUAGUGUGUUUUGGAGUGGUGAGUUCAUCGAGCGAUUUUGUUUCCCCGAUUUUCGGAUCAAGAUUAGAUUUGAAAUCUUCGCGACACCCCAUUCUCGAUGUAGUCAGUUCAUCGAGUCCAGUGAGCAACGAUGUUUCGGCUAGUAGUGAGAAGAAUUUCCACGUGAUAACUGGGCCCAACAUGGGAGGCAAGAGUAUCUACAUACGUCAGAUCGCGCUACUGCAGAUAAUUGCUCAGAUGGGAUGUUUUGUGCCGGCCGCUUAUGCCGAAUUCAGAGUGAUGGAGUGUGUUCUGUCGAGGAUUGGGUUUGAUGACAGCAUCGAGCACAACGCAUCGACAUUCUCGAUGGAGAUGCGACAGAUCAACUACAUUCUGCAGAUAUUGGCGACAGACCGUCGCUGUUUGGUGAUAAUUGAUGAGUUGUGUCGAGGCACUUCGAGCGAGGAGGGUGUGGCGAUCGCCUGGGCGGUUUGUGAGAGGCUCGCCGAGACAAGUGCCUUCACCUACGUCACCACUCACUUCCAGCUGCUCACCACCAUGCAAAACGUGCAUCCCAAUGUAUCCAACUGGCAUUUUGAAGCGGAAGAGCUGAGUGAUGAGAGGCUUCGAUUUACUCAUAAGUUGCUCCCAGGAAUUUCUACAGUUGCCAAUUAUGGAAUAAAACUGGCAAGAAUGGUUGCACUGCCAGAGUCAGUCUUGAAAGACAUAAUACUACUGAAGAAUAAAUUGAAUCAAGAUUAUCAGGGAAUGAUGAUUGAUACUGUUCAAGGAGAAGAGCCGGAUGAAUUAGUUCAAACUAUAGUAGUAAAGAUCAUUGAUAGAAUUAUAUCGACUAAAUCAAAGGAAGGACUCAUCGGAGACUUGAAAGAAAUCAUGAAUUCCACCGACGAAGAUAGGGAUGGUACUGUUCAUGUAAGAGAACUGGAAGAUAGGAGUAGCGCUACUCAAAUAAGAGAACGACUGAUUUUCAACGAAUCAACGGGAAUAAUCUCAUGGACUCAAGAGAAGAACGAAAUGAAGACAAUAGUGAGCCUUUGGAUCAGAAUGAAGAGCCGCAGUUCACUGAAUUAGCUGAAAUAUGCAUGGAAGAAAAAUCAGGUGUACAGGAAAGUCGUUCAAAAACCAGUCAUGUUGGAAAAGGCAUUGAAGAAACGGAAAACCAAUGUGAGGAUGGAAAAGAAGAAGAGGGUGAGGAGGUGGUGGUGGUGCUGGAGGAGGAGGAGGAGGAGGUGGUGCUGGAUGAGGAGGAGGAGAAGAUUAGAUUACAAGAAGAGGAAUGGAAUAGUAACGAAAUUGUGACGCUGUUGGUUUCUGAAGGAUCAGAUUGUUGUGAAAACGAAGAGCUAUUAGAAGAAAUGGGAGAACAGGACGAGGAUGAAGAAGAAUCACAAAAUAAUACUGAAGAUAUACACACGGAUGAACAUAAUGGGAAGACAGAAGACAUAAACAAUAACAGAGGGAUUUUUAUUGGACAAACAGAGCAAUAUGCGAAUUUGUCCAGUCAGGAAUUGUAUGACAGUUUGAAAACCAAGUGAAACGAAUAUAAUUUUUAUUCUAUACUUUUAAAUCACUUUGUAUAGCUCAAGUGGGUUUUUAAUUUUCUAUUGUCAACUGCGAUGAUUAUACAUGCAUUUUUGUAAGCCAUCAAUGAAGCAUUUACCAACAAUGCUAGUUAUGAGGUAAUCGUUAUCUUAGGACGUAGGAACUGGUUGUUAUCCUAAUACAGUAUUUCAAUUGAUUAGAAGAAAACUAUUGAAUUGUAUUAUUGAAGUGUGAGAACCAAAGUAUAUAAUGUUCUUUCUUGAAGGUACAAAUAUAUAGGCACAUUUUAUACCUUUCAA